CGUGUAUCCUGGAAUUCCAACUCUUGACCAUUAUAUCCCGUAUUUCCAUCUUCAGAGAAUCCUGGUCCUGAAUACCUUUGAAGAAGAGACUCUGAAUACAGAAACGUAUCCCUUUACAAGAGCUCGCCUGGACGAUGUAUCAGUUUUCAUUUAUUAUCACAUGUAUGCUAUCGCUGAUCUACAUUACUUCCUGUAAUCCCAGAAUUUCAGAAGUAACUCAGAAAGCUGAUGGCAGUCCUCCGAUUUCCGACUUGGAACCUCUUUCUGAACAACUAGAGGCAUCACUUCAAACGAAUCCUAGCGAUGAUGAUCUCGAUAAGAGAGGAUGGAAUAAAUUGUCCAAUGUCUGGGGAAAGCGAGGUUGGAACAAUUUGUCUAAUAUGUGGGGAAAACGUGGAUGGAAUAACUUAUCCAAUAUGUGGGGCAAACGUGGAUGGAAUAACUUGUCCAAUAUGUGGGGUAAAAGAGAAGUCACCGAAAUGCCACCUUUGGAGAGGCAAGCUUAUAAUAAACAACUUUACGGAGGCAAACGAGGCUGGAACAGCUUGACUGGCUCCUGGGGAAAGCGUGGUUGGAACAACUUAUCUGGUGUUUGGGGCAAACGUGGCUGGAACAAUCUAUCCAAUGUUUGGGGCAAACGAAAUUAUAACAAAGAUGAUGACAGCAAGAGGACAACACAAUGGAACAAACUGAAUGGUUUAUGGGGAAAACGAGCUGCUGACUGGGAUGUCCCUGCACCAUGGGAUGGAGAAUCUCCUGAUGAUUUCCAAGGAAUUUACAUUCCUGACCAAAUGUAAGAAACUGCCAAGAUAUCGGCGUCAAUUAUUGUGUCGUCCAUAUGUUGAAAAAUGCAUAAACGUGUGAUGUGAGACCAUGACAUUAGAUGUUUACUUUCUAUAAGUGUAAUAAUAAAUGUUUAAAUUUAGUGUUUCCAUGAUUUGUUUUAAAAUAUUUGCAUCUUUUUUAAAUUCUUCAUUUGCUUAAAUUAAUUUAUAGUUACUCAUUAAACAUUAAUGCAGUUAUACUAAAUGCAUUACAUUAUUUUUUAAAUCUAAUGGCAAUAUAUUUAUUAUUGAUAUUUUAUAAUGUCGUUGUUAGCUCAUUUAUUAACUGUCGAGAAUCUAUUAUUUCUAGUUUGGUUGAGAAGAUAAAUCUAAAAGUUCAUCCAAUGUGAAACCUAAUAGUUCAAUUAGAUCUUAGUAGCGUUAUUAUUAAGAUGCAUUUAUUUCAUUUGAAAUCUAAACUAUAGAUAUUAUAAUGCCUCACUUAUUUUUUACUUUUAUUGUUUAAUAAAUAUAAAAACAAUAUUGAAUAAUAUGUAUAAAUUUUCAACGUAUAUACUUUAAUACACAAUAGUAAGUAAUCGUAGUAAAAAAUUCUAAAAUUUUCAACUAUUUAUUUAACAAUCUGAAUAGGAUUUCAAUCUCAAUCCUGCGUGUAUUGUUUUACCCUUCAGAAAUCAAGUAAUUAAGUCUUUUUACUAAUAACUUAUCUUUAUAAAAUUAAUCCAAAAAUUAAUUUAUAUUACGCUAUAAUUAUAUCAGUAUUUAAAGGAAAUGUAAUGUGAAUGAAUCAGAAAGGAUGACUGUUAAUAUUAAUAAAUAAUUUUUGCUUCAAGAUCUUGAUUAUACGAAAUUUGUUUUAUUCCCGUUUAGAACAGGAAACCAAUUAGAAUCGAUAUCAUCCGAAUAAGAUAUUUUUUCUGAUUUUAUUGUUUCAUCAUUACACAUCUUAGUAUUUAGAAUUCCCAAGAAUAUGAAAACAAUUUCUGCAGUUAAAUAACUAUCUUCGAAAUUAAUUUUGUUAUAUUACCUUGAAAGAACUGAAAUAUUCAUUAAAAAUAUAUGUAUGUAUAUUUAACAGAAAUGAUAAGCCAAAUACAUUUAUAAAAAAGAUUUUAAAUAAAUUAAUGUGAGAAUCUUGUUGUAUUUUACAAAGCAUAUCAACACGGCCAUAUGAAAUAUUUUUGUUUCUGUAGAAAUUUGACAAGACAUUUUUACGCUUCUAAGCCCUAUUCAUAUUUUGGAUGCAUUCAAGAUUAGUAAAACAUUUAUUCAUUAUUUGUUUAAUUCUCUGCUUUUGUUGCGAUUUCUUGUUCAUUGAGUUAAACUUAUAUGAAAAUAUUUAUUUGUAAUUCAUUGUAUAUGUGUAUGUAAAAAUAACUAAUAAAGUGUGAUUUGGAUGUAACGCACUCGAAUGUAUAUUGUGUGUUAUUUUGAAAUAAAUAAAUCAUGAAUAUUGUA